AUGGAUUCUGAGUACUCUGACUCUUAUGAUAUGUACUGGGGUACCCUUGGAACAGUACGACCCUUCUCCAAUUUCUACCCUGACAGAGAUGUGACGGAGAUCGUGACAGCACUGGAAAACAAAGACACAGUGACGCUACUGAGAAUACUAACCAAUAGGAACAACGCCCAGAGGCAAGUAAUUGCUCAGGUCUUUCAGGAGCUAACACAUAAGGAUAUAAUAACUGCUCUGAAGAAAGCUUUAUCUGGAGACCUGGAGCUUCUUUUGCUGGAACUGUUGAUGACCCCCGUGGAGUAUGAAGCUUACCGUCUCCAGGAGGCCAUGGCGGGUUUGGGCACAGAUGAAGAAACACUUGCGGAAAUUCUGAGCACAAGAUCUGGAAAGCAGCUGCAAAACAUCAGUGCUGCAUACAAAGAAAUGUAUAAGAAGGAUCUGGAAAAGGAAAUCGAAUCAGAAACCAGUAAUGACUUUGAGAAGCUUCUUAAAGCUUUGCUAAAUAAAGGAUGUGUCGCUGGUGUGGUUCAGACAGACAUUGAGACUCUCUCUGCAUCCCUAAAAGGGAAGAAAGCUGAGGCGGGACAAUGGAUUGAUAUAUUGACUUCUAGAGAUGUAGAACAUCUUGACAACGUGUUGAUGGGACUGGAGCUGGAGCUUGGGCAGACGGUGGAUCAGAUCAUAGAGAAAAGGUUUUCAGGAGACUUUCGCUUGGGUCUGAAAGUUUUGGUACAGUGCAUUCAAAACCGUGAUGCCUACCUUGCCACGAGACUUAAGACCAUGAAGAAAGAAAUAGUGCAGCGGAUUAUGGUGUCUCACAGUGAGGAAGAUCUGCUCUGUAUCCGAGCUGCUUUCAUUAAAUUAACAGGCACUUCCCUCUACACUGCACUGCAGAACCACUUUAAAGGAGACUAUCUAAAAGCACUGCUUGCUAUAUGUCGAUCUGAAGAUUAA